CAGACAAACCAGUCUAAGAUAAACAAACAGCGGUAACGCGUGGCAGACUCCGUGGAUGCUGUGUGUACCGUUCGUGGUGUCCCUCUCCGGCCAGGAUCAACCAAUUUCUCAUGUGGUGUAAGUGGUGGGUAGCAUCUUAAGCUGUGAUGUGAUAAGAAAGAUGAUGUGUGUUGUAAGGCUUCCUGGGUUUCGCGGGUUCAAGAUGCAUGAGUGAAGUUUGGAGGAGUUCGCUGAUGUACGACUCGUAUUCGCCAGCUUGGAGCUAGAAAAAGAUGAAAAUAUGGUGAAACGUGUUCAGAAUCGGCGACACUAGAAGAACAACUGAGCGGUUGUCCUUGAGGGGAAAGAAUCGCUAAUUAAAUUUCGUUUGGAACUAUUUCGAAACUGUGAAGUGGAUGCCGAGGUAUUAAACCAAGCAAUGGAGGCCUUCAUAAUGUGAAAUUUAUUGCAGAACAAAAGAGCUACCAGCGGUGAGAAAUGAUAAUUGAAUGCAACAUAAUGAACUUGAACUCCGUAUUGCCCGGAGACCAGAAACCGGAAUCAUUGGCACUCGGGCAGGAUGCCGCCGAUGAGAGGGUCCUCGGCACUGUAUAAAUAAAUUGUAGGACUUCAUUUAUUGGAGCCAACGUAACAGUCAUCACUUCGGAUGGUGCAGUGCCGCGAUGGUACAAAAGUGGAAUAGCUACAGCGUGAAGCUGAACGAGAAAAUUCCCACAGAAGAACUUUUCCUUGUGAAAAGGUGGAAAAUUUAGUCCCAACGGUGAAUAGUGUUCGGAUAACAAAGUGUUUCAAUGGCUGUGUGUGUGUGAAAUUGGCGUGCGACAGUUGCAAAUUGAAUUAAUGCAGCAAAUGGAAAUUUACUGUUGGAAAUACUAUCUAUUGUCUAUUGUGGGGAGUCUAUUGGCUGCCAUUUGAAAUUUAUACAGCGGUGUGCAGUGAUUGAUUUAGUGGUUCGGGUGCAAAUAUCGAAUUGUGGCUAGAAGGAUAACGCCAACUGGGAAGUGUGUGAAAAACAAUCUCUAACGAUUAUUGGACUACAUCGGUUUGAGGCAUCGUUGCUCGCGCAAUCAAAUUAUCUGCAGAUCAACAUCAUAAAAAUUAUCAAGACACGACGGAGACGACGACUAACGUGUAGAUGGUGAAGGCUCUCUAUUGGGAGCUACCAGUAGACUUUUUGGAGCCCGCAUCACUGUACCACGUGUGUGGCGCAAAAGCCUUGGCCCUAAUUCCAAACACCCGCCACAAGUAACAUCAACAGUGCGGGGGACAGUCGUGGCAGAAUGUGAAAACGUGAAAAUUGAAACGCAACGAAGAGAUAGGAGAAAUAAAACAAAAGUUUUAAUGGUUGUGCACAAAAAACUGGGAAAAUUACAGUUUAGUGCAGAUUAGAUUGAGCAGUGAGUCGGUUUGGAAGUGAAACUGGGGAAAACUUUCGAAGGGAAAGUUUGAUUUGAUUUUCCAUUGGGUGCGGUUCGGCGGUUGGGGUUCGCGCGAGUGAAAAGUUAAUCCAAUUGUGACAUUGGUGGUAAAGUGCUCAGAUCCGAUUGUUGUGGGAUUAAGAGGAAUACGGAAAAAAAUAUUUGUGAGUGUUGCAACGGUGUUUGGUAGUGAGAUGUGUAUUUCCUAAUCAAACGAGCGAUUGAUGAAAUGAUUCGAUAUGUGGACCUACAUGAUGGCAGCGGCCCGAGGUGACCGGGCAAUGUCAUCCAUCGGACAGCGUCAUCAGAGUAAUCGGAAUGAUUUCGACUCACCCAGCAUUUAUCACUUCAACCGGGUUCAGCGUCCGCUGUACAACACCACGCACCGUGCGCCGGGCCUCUGUAAUGGGCCAUCCACGAUUAGUACGACUCCGUUCGGGAGCAACACAAUCUAUCAAAAUUUCAACCCAUCAACGGUGGGAAGCUUCAGCAGCGUGGCAACAACACCAAGCUUAUCGACGACGACGACUCCAGCCGCCCCAGGUCCGGCAACACCGGGGUCGGCAGUUGGGUCAACAACCGCUAGCCACAGUAACAACCAGCUUCCGUUCACUACGAGGAACCGCAUCGAGGUAGUCUCCGAUGAUCGCCGCGACUCGAUGGCAAACAGUGGCAGCAACAGCAAGAACAACCACCUAAAUCAAGCUGUGAUAGAGGGCGAGAGUAGCGAUUUUCUGGAAUCCGCCGGAGGUCGAGGAUCGUUGCGCCGGUGGCUUAACGCCUUCCGACAUAGACUCAGCAAGCGGAGUCGCACGAAGCCCCCCGAUCAGUUUCUGGAUAAAUUUUCCUCGACCACCGCCUUGGAUACACGAUUGCACCAGACAGUCCCGGCUCAUCCCUCGGAUGGGCUUUGUAGCCGGCUCUCUGUCGAUCCGUCCCUGCCCUCACAUUAUCGGUGGCUCUCGGUGGUAUCGCUAGCUGUACUCUACAAUAUAGUGUUUGUGAUAGGACGUGCCGUGUUCUGGGAGAUCAACCGCCAGGCGCCGGCACUCUGGUGGACCCUAGACUAUCUAUGUGAUUUUAUAUACUUAGCGGACACGUUAGUGCAUUGUCAUGAGGGUUACCUGGAGCAGGGUUUGCUGGUACGUGACGCAACCAAACUGCGGAGAUACUACUUCUCCAAGGAGCGAUGGUGGCUGGAUGUGGUCUCGAUGUUGCCCACCGAUCUGGCCUACAUCUGGUGGGCGCCUAGUUCCUGCGCGGCAACCAGGCUGCCCUGCCCAAUUAUAGUUAGAAUUAAUAGGUUAUUGCGUCUUCCAAGAAUGUGGGAAUGGUUCGACCGGACCGAAACGGCCACCGGUUAUCCCAACGCGUUUAGAAUAUGUAAAGUCGUUUUAGCUAUUUUAGUAUUAAUUCACUGGAAUGCGUGUCUCUACUUCGCAAUCAGCUACGCCCUCGGUUUCAGUUCGGACAACUGGGUAUAUAAUAUAAACGGGGCGAAAAAUUUGACCCUAUCGAGGCAGUAUAUCUACAGCUUCUACUGGUCGACGCUUACUCUAACCACCAUUGGGGAAACGCCGACGCCCGAGAACGACGCCGAGUACCUGUUCGUCGUUGCCGACUUCUUGGCCGGGGUGUUAAUAUUCGCCACAAUUGUGGGUAAUAUUGGCUCGAUGAUCUCGAAUAUGAACGUUACCCGGGUCGAGUUUCAGAACCGGAUGGACGGUGUCAAGCAAUAUAUGGCCUUCCGGAAAGUGGGCGGCGAGCUGGAGGCGAGGGUUAUCCGAUGGUUCGCUUAUACCUGGGCACAGAGUGGCGCCCUCGACGAGGAACGUGUCCUCGCUGCCCUCCCGGACAAGCUGAAGGCCGAAAUUGCCAUCCGGGUGCAUAUGGACACGCUGAGGCAGGUACGAAUAUUCCAGGACUGCGAGCCGGGGCUGCUGGAAGCAUUGGUGCUAAAGCUGAAACUGCAGGUUUUCAGCCCGGGAGAUUACAUCUGUCGGAAGGGUGAUGUGGGGAAGGAGAUGUACAUCGUGAAACGGGGCCGACUUUCGGUUGUGGCCGAUGAUGGGGUGACGGUGCUGGCCACUCUCGGUGCGGGGUCAGUAUUCGGUGAAGUUUCGGUGCUGGAGAUUGCCGGUAAUCGAACCGGCAAUCGACGAACUGCUAAUGUCAGAUCAAUCGGUUAUUCGGAUCUGUUUUGCUUGGCGAAACGUGACUUAUGGGAAACACUCGCGGACUACCCAGAAGCACGGGCAUCUCUAACGGAACGAGGGUGUCAAUUAUUACGCAAGGAUGGUCUGCUGGACGAAGCAGUGUUUGCAAGCGCCCAGCAGCACCAGGAUACGCUGGAGAGCGGUGUAGCAAAGCUGGAACAGACGGUGGAGAACCUGAACCUGCGGCUGGCUCGCCUUUUAGCCGAAUAUUCCGCCAGUCAGGCCAAAUUAAAACAACGCAUCUCAAAACUGGAGGAAAGAGCCGUGACAUCGCCGAAGCGGCGCUCGAACCAUCACCAAUCCAACAGUGGAAGCGGGAGCGGCGAUAGCGGAGGAGGUGCCUCCCGGCAAGCACCCACGUCGGCGUCAACGACAGCAACAGCAUCAGCAUCAGCAGGAGUGGGCGGAAGUCGCGUUCAGCAAAGGUCGGCCCAGAAUCGACGCAAAUCACACUCGUCAUCGGCAGCGGCAGCAGCAGCCCUGUCCAACGGCGAUAGUGGCAAGCAAAAUACGUUAUGAAUAUGCAUCCGCCAUUCUUCCACUCUUCAUUCCUGGCAAAUCGGCGUUUCAACAGCAGUCACGGUCAUCACCAACACCGCCAGAAAAAGUGGCCAGGAUGCGGCACUCGAGCAGCAGCAACAGUCUGAGAACGUGACUAUGACGACUUUGAUGACUCGGAAGAAUACGGUAGUGACGAUGAUUGUCCUAGAACAGAUGCCAUCGUGGAGGACAUUGGAGUCGUUCGCAUCGUUCGCGUUUUUGCAGCGGGGGAGUAGCGUUGUCAACGUGGCAGGAAGCGUUCAGCCCGGUUCUCCCGGUUGUCCUGAUGGUGUGUAUGAAAAUGGUCCAUCAUUACUCGAAUAUUUAUAUCUAAUCUUAAGGAAAUGUGUGCUUUGAAUAUUAAAUUUUUAUAGCACAUCCGGAGCGGAAUAUACACUCGGCAUUCGGCGGAGGAAUGUGUUGGAGUGGGUUUGGGUGGUCGAUAUUGGAGGGAAAAAUAUGAAAAAAUAAAGCUUCGAUAGUGCCAUUGAAUCGGUGCUUUUGGUGGGUGUAAAUGUACCCCGGGGAAUAUGGCGGUCUGCGAUGUAAUCACAGAAUGUGGUUUCGCGAUAAACGGAUUAUGUUGGACACAGUUAUUUGUAAGUAAAUAGUGUUUGGUUGAUCGGUAUUAUAUCACCGUUGCACAAAUGUGCCGUAAAUUAGCAAACCACAAUGCGAAAAAUGAAUCGAAUAUUAGUUCAACCACAAAUGCGAAUCAAGUUGAAAGUAUCAUUAAUUACAUUAAUGAAGCUGGGCGCAUUCUAGAAUAGUAAUACGCAAGUAAUACUUUCGUUCCUCUUCUUUUGCCCAUCGAUAAAUCAACAAAAUCAUGUUCCGGCUAAACACAGAGCAUAGAUAUGGUUCGCGUAGUAAAGCUUAUCGGUGUUUCUCACAUCCCUGAUGAUUCAUCAAUCAUUGAAGGCUUAGCAAACUUCAAUAAGAUGGAUCUCAGUAGCAAGUCCUGGCUUUGUACUGCCGCAUUAGCACUGGCCAGACUGACACGUUUGGUAUGUCUUACUGCUUCUGCCAACGCGAACACGCGUUGUCACAAUUGUGGGGAACUUUGUCCGAUUUCACAAAUUGGGUUAAUGGUAUUUCAUUUCGUUCACGUUUAAUGCUCUUGAUGAGCCAGCAUGGGCUGAUGACGGCAGAUGUAUCGAUAAUCCAAUUUCAAACAAGCGAUAUUUGAUUUAUGUAUGGUCAGCGAUGCUACCGGAGCGAAACGCGAUCAAUGGACGUGAAUCCGGGCGCAUACCAAGCCCUCUUUUUCGUGGAACGAGUUGCUUCAUUUCAUAAGAAACUUCCAUUUAGUGCCAUGAGAGUCUUCAAAUUGAGCAAAAUUAAUUCUUGAAUGUCGGUUACUUUACGUUAAAUACAUAGAUUCCUCACUUCAAUAUUCAAAUACACGAUUUGUCAAGAUUUUAUAAAUUUCUUUUGAAUAAUCUUGAUUUAGUUUUAUCAACAUUUUGCUUGACCAUGUGACACGAGCCAGUUUUGCAUGCCAUCAUGCACACAGAAGUGCAGAAGGAUCUUGGCGACGAAGCAGAAUAAUUUUGCGCCUAUUAUUCGUUAAAGAUUGUUAGAGAUUAUUCAAUUUGUACAAAUGAUGUUUGCAUACAUUAGCAGUCACAAUCUCGUUCGAAUUUAGUAAGUUACGGUACAGGAUGUGCUCCUUGCUUAUCCCACCGAACUCGGAACAUUACCUUCAAUUUAUUUAUUGAUCUUAUUUUUGGUAAUUCCAUUGGUUUGCAACAGUCAGUGAUAUAUGCGAUGAAUGUUUUGUGGGUUUUUUUUUUUGCUCGUAACAUAUUUUUUUAAAUUUUUUUAUCCCAUUUAUUUAUUUUUUAGGCUCAUUAGCAUUUUAGCUGUAACAGAGCCGAAUUUUAAUCGUGUACAUGUCACAUGGUUAUCAUAUCUAUAAUUAGCACAUUACACGGUUGCCAUUUGCCAAUAUUCCUUCUAUUCCAUUGCAUAUGAUACAUUUACACAGUAGCCAUUUAGGCGUAAGAGUAUUCUUUCUGUUCUUCCAUUAUCCAGUUAGACCACUGGACAGCGGAGACAGUUGAUUGAUCAUUGUUGGGUUAUUUAUAGAACAGCAGCCCGAUGUGUCUUGCAGAGCAGAGCAGUGGAACGUUUACCCGAAUGAAGAAGGAAAUAUUCCGACAAAUCAGAUUAUGAGUUUUGUCGAAUCUCCUGUUGAUAAAUAAGAUUAAAUCAAAACAACAUGAAAGAGCAACAAAAAUGCGAAGUAAAAUGGGAAAUUGUAAUGAGGAAAUUCAAAAAUAAUGUUGAUGACUUCACAACAGGCACAACUGACAUGUCGUCCUCUUUCCUUCCCGUAUUGCUUUUUAAGACCAACAUAUCAUUUAAAAUAAGCACGGGUUAUGGAAUAUUUCGAAAAUUAAGCAGGUAAUUUUAACAUAAAAAUGUAAAGCAUAAAUGCCAUGGAAAUGUGAAAAGAGUUCAUUAAAAAAAUUGUACUUUUUAUCAUGAAUUUAUUAUUUCGUGAUGAAAUUUGUUGUGAGGAGAAAGUAAUGGAAGUCCCCAUUUAACGAGGAUAAAGAACCGAGGCUGCCCCAAGCCGCCGAGGUGACGCAAUCCGAGUCGGCCACCGACCCGCCGUCGGAAGCAAACCUAUGUUCCACCGAUUGCCCGGUUAGUUUGAAACAUAGGAGCUUGAUUAUUUUUCGGGUUAUGCAGACAUUCUUGUUUCAUUUGUAGGGCAGCCCCUCUUUAGGGAGGGGGAGAAGUGUCUAAGCACCGUAGAAACAUUUAUUGCACCCUAAAACCUUCACAUGCCAAAUUUGGUUUCAAUUGCUUGAUGUUAUCACAUCCACGUUUUCUUACUAAGCGCUGCUCAUGGGUCCAAUCGCAGAAUUAUUCAUUGAUCUUCUAGUCUACCCUUUAAAAUUACCUUUUACUAUAAAAUUCCUAGUACUUCUACCAAAACUCGACAUUACAAUAUCAGAUUAUUUUCAGACACAAUUCUCUUUCAAGAUUUUUCAACCACUUGCAAAUAACCGUUGCGUUUCAUGCCAAAUUAGGUUUUAUUUGCUUGAUUAAUUCUCGAGUAAUGCAGAAAUUUGUGUUCCAUUUGUAUUGCAGAACACCUCCCCCCCCCCCCUCACAGAUUCAUUUAUUGCCCCCUAAAACCUCCACAUGCCAGAUUGAAUUUUAUUUGUCCGAUAAAUUCUCGAGUAAUGCAGAAAUUUGUGUUUCAUUUCUAUGGCAGACCCCUCUUAGAGAGGGGGGUGGAGUGCCUCACUACCGUAAAAACAUUUAUUGCACCUUAAAACCUCCACACGGCAAAUUUCGUUUCAUUUACUUGAUGAAUUCUCGAGAAAUUCAGAAAUUUGUGUUUCAUUUGUAUGGCAGACCAACAAAUAUAUAUCCAUUCCACAAUCACCUCGCCUGCGAAAACUCAACAAAUUCCUCCGCCAAUGAUAAAAAAAUUUGAAAAUCAGUCGGACAACGCCACAUUGUAAUUUUACCGAGAAAAAAGAACAAACCUAAAGAAAAAGUGUACUAAUGUGCCUCGAAAGUUUUUUGUUUUCAUUCUUUGUACUUACUGAUUGUGAUAAGAUGACAUAAACCUAACGUUAGACUAAGUACGACGAAAGGUCGUCUCAUACUUUCAGUCUAUAACUAUGAGGUAUAAACUAACGGGUAUAGAACAAGCGAUGAACGGAUUUGAGAGAAACGUUCAUAAAUGAUCGUUGUGUGCAACUAAUGAUAGCAUGUAGUUAUGGACGAUCAAAAGUAAAAUGUUUUUAUUAAUGCAAGAAUAAUUAGAGAUACUAUAAAAUGUUACUUUACGGUAAGCAGAUGUGGAGACCGAUCUAUCUUUACAAAGUAUAGAUAUAUUUUGGUAUACGAUAAGUAGAAAAAUAAUACAUUUUCCUUCCCACUGUAAGAAAAACAACAACAAUAUAAAGCAUUUCUCUAAACUGAAGUCAUCCAUUGGGCAAAGAAUUGUUAAAUUGACAACCAAAUUGGUUUGUAGCCAACGACAAUUUCUCCAGCUCCAGUGGUUGAACAUACUAUUUGGUUGGUAUCACUGUUCACUGAAUCUCUCAAAUGUAUAACUGGAAAUAAAAUAACCUCUCCCAAAAUACAUUCCACGUUUUUGUGUUUCUACCAGAUGAUUUAAAAUUGAUUGAUAAAUUGAAUCAAAUACAUAUCUUUUGAUAACAAUUGUUAGUGUUAAUCGGACAAAAUAAUACAAAAAGGCGAUCAAUUCCAAAUUACCAUUCACGUCAUACAAUUAGUCACCGAUGUUUAGUUCCAAGUUUUGAUGUAUCCCCAAAAGGCACAAUUAACACUAUAAGCAGUAGUGUAUAUGUAGCAAUCUAUUAGCUAAUAACAAAUAUUUUACUAUGUAAUAUUACAUUGCCAACAGAUAAAAAAGAACCCUGACAUGCUACCGUGUUUGUUACUAGUUACUAGGGAACCCAAAUCGACCUUUUUCUUCCCUCGCUCUCACUUUUCAAUAUACUUCAACCCGAAUAACCAAUGAAACCAAAAAAAGCAAACAUGCAGAAGCGGAAAAGGCUGCAAGCAGAUUCCACUGUUCGCAUCAUAAUAUUAGCUCGUAUCGAAUAAGUGUCUUUGGCGAGAGAUUUAACUGAAGCAACUAGUAGAAGAAGGGCAACAAUAACACUACAUCAUGUGAGGAACUAAAACUUGAAUCUAUUAAACAAAGCUCCUAAACGAAGAAAAAAAAACAGACAAAUGGAAAUGUUCUGAGAUAGUAAAACAGCACACACACACACUAAGCAUUGAAGAAACAAAACGAAUGAUAUUUGUAAAACGAAUGUUGAACUACAAAACGGUGUAGCUAUAAACAAAAGUCAUAUUUAUAUAUUUUAAAAUAAAUAACAAAAAACAAACCCGGUGCAAGUAACAAUGUAACAGAAGUAAACAUACAAGUUUGUAGGAAAAAAAAGUUAGAAAGUUAUAGGAAAUAUUUACGAUGAUUGUGACAAGAAAAUUGGAGAACUUAUCUCGCGAAAAUGAUCAAUUAUAAAACAGCGGUAUUAAAAUUGAACCCAACGGAAGUAAAACCAUACAUGAAGCGCAGAUAAAAGUGAUAAAGCGAAAGAGAAGGAUAAUAAAAAC